UCACUGCUGACUGUAGUUUCCUGUCCAAUAGCUGCAGCACAGAAGUCUGAGGCAAGUAUAGUGGGAGUAAAGAGAGAGGAGAGACCGACACAGGUCGGAUACUGCUGCUCAUUUUAAGAGUUUAAACAAGUUUGGGACAGUGGUGUAGCCUACUUGGACUUUCUUUGCAGAAACGCAACAGAAAGUGAGUAUAGCCUAAGCCCUGCACUGCAGACAAAGUGAGCUGCCUGCAGAGACACACAAAACUUCCCAACAUCUGGUCUGCUGGAGGACGGGGCGAGCCGGAGAGAGAAACUUUGGAGGCGGAGAGAAUCUAUCUUCGCUGGAGAAAAAUGCAUUGAAUUGGGAGUUUUGGGGGGACCUACAUGAGCCGAAACGAGAUUUGGUGGUCGUGUAAGGUGACAAGAGUGGAGGGAAAGAGGACAGGAAAGGUCUCGGAGGGCGAGAAGUCCACCUGGAGCGGUCAGAGAAUGAAUUAGCCGAAGGUUUGGCUGCACCGCGUUCCAGCCAGAGAGAAGGCUCACUCCUUGGCCCCUCCACCUCCUCCCACAAGAGCCAGGCCUACGCCCAUGGAUGAGGAGAGGAGUGCCCCUGCCAUCUCCCCAGAGCCACCUGAUGAGGUGGACCCCAGUGUACCAGCUCCACAACCCAGUUCACAUGCAACCUUGACCACAGAGAGCACAAACAGCUGUCCAAACCCAAAGCCCUGUCCUAGUCCAGAUGUGGCCCACACCUAUACUGAGCCCCUCAUAUUGAUGUUAAAUGGCACCCCAGAAAGGUUGCAAGGCGAUGGUGAAGACAAGUGGAGCAGCAGCCUCUCACACUCAGAGCUUACAACACCCAGCAAGAGUAUCACGUCUCAACCAGCAGCCAGAUCCACACCCAUCCACCACACCCAGCCAUGUCGGACACAGCCCAGCAGCCAACUACGCAACGGAGCCAAGCACCACGCACACACACAGUCCCCUCACACGCACUGUCCGCAUCACACACACACCCUCCAGUCCAACGGGGUCAGGAACGGGGUCCCUCUUAGGCAUCCUAAGCUGGGCUCCCUCCCGAGAGGCGGAUCAUCCACCUCCUCGUCCUCUUCAGCAGGACCCAAACAGACCAAGAAAUUGCAGUCCAACCCCUCCAUCACCUCCCAGAGCAGCAAGAGGAGCAAGAGUAGCUCCAAGAGUAACAGCUCUCAGAUUCCUACAGAGGCACAAGAUGACUGCUGUGUUCACUGUAUUCUGGCCUGCCUAUUUUGUGAGUUCCUAACUCUGUGUAACAUCAUGCUGGACUGUGCCACCUGCGGCUCUUGCGCGGGGGACGACUCGUGUUUCUGCUGCUGCUGUGUGUCGGAAGAGUGUGGCGACUGUGACCUGCCCUGUGACAUGGACUGUGGCAUCAUCGACGCCUGCUGUGAGUCUGCAGACUGCCUGGAGAUUUGCAUGGAGUGCUGCAGCCUUUGCUUCUCCUCCUGAGGGCCCCGGCCACCACCACCAAAGUAGAUGUCUGCUACACACUCCCACAAUCCUAGGAGCAACUUCGACCAGUGUUUUAUUAGGGCUGAGAAGCGCUACACCUUUGUCUUUGUUGCUUGGGCUCUAUGGUUUACACUAUAUUGGCUGGCGUAGUUGGCUCCACUAUAUGUCCAUUGUUUCUUACAAGGCUUGCCAAGAAAAAGAUGCUGAGAGCAGUCACUGGUGAAUUCUUUUUCCUCCUUUAUUGAUCCAACGAUGGGACAGUAGCUUCCCUGCCUUGUCGGUCCAUUGCUACACAGCUGGAUGUAUGGUGCAGAGUGAGUUCCAGCUGUGGUCCACGAGUGUCUGCCAGGCUGUGCAGAUCGGUCCUCUGGACCCUCACAGUACAAGCUAUUACUACAAUGGAGCCCCUUGUGCCGUCUAAAUAACUGGAGUUCUCCAAGCAUGAAAAAUGACCUCCAAAGGCAAAUGAGAAAAUGGCUCCAUUUAACCGGAUUUUAGUGUUUCUGUAGAUAAGAGCAGCAGCAUAAUGGGAAAAUGGACGCUCAGAUCUUAGUAGAAAUGUAGUGUCCUCUUGUCCUUGGCAAGGUUAAAGUCUUCCAGUUUGAUACAGUGGCCUUUGUGACACACACAUACACACACACAAAAUAGAGAAAACAUUAAUGGUGGCUUGUGGCAAUAUUACAGACAAAUUUCUUUUGUUAAUAUGCAUCUCACUUAUCGGACUUAUUCAGAGAAGAAUCAUGAGAGUGUCGUGCAUCAGCCUGAAGAUGGGUCCAUUAAAUGAGUACUGUAAGUGACGGACAUCAGAGCGAAUGGUUGACAGCAUCGGUCACUACUCUACUCUAACAUGUGAAGGGAGAGAUUUCUUAAUCAAAGGUCUCUCCUCGUUUAAUGUUUCACAUCUUGUUUACUUUUACAUUGGGUUUUUUUGAGGGGCUUUGUCUGUAUUCAGUGAAUUCCUCCUCGUCUGAAUGGUCAGAGCUUGUAAAGGACUGGUGGAGGAUUGGAAUGCAUCAUCUCUUUUUUAAUAUGUUUCAUUAUUCUUUGUCGUUCUUGCGAUGUGAACAAAUGGCCUUGGCUUAGCUUCAGGCCUGAAUUUUCAUGUAGAUUCCUCGCCUUUACCAAAUCUCUAUUAAUCCUUGUUUUGUAGAUUUUAGUUAAGAUAUUUGCAUUUCUCCUCUAAUGUGAAAAUCACAUUUCUGUGUAAUCGGGUUUUGCCGGGCUCUCUGUAAAGCAGUUAUGCUCAACAUCUAAUUCAAUUCCUUGAGUGAAAAUCUCACAACAUUAUGCUAAGAUAGAUCCAUAUGCUUGUAGUAUGAAUGGUACGCUUUUGAUAACACUCUGGUAUGCUCAGAUGCAUACCUUCUCCAACCCAGUACCUCUUGAGAUGUACCCUAGAUCUGUUGUGCAUUUUAAAAUGACUUGAUACAAAUCUCUCUCCUCUCUGAUCAAAUACUGUUUGUGCAAUCCUUUUUUCUAGGAAAUACCAAAGAGUUUUCCUCUUACUGGACCUUAGUUUCGAGACCUACAAUUACUUGUACAUUGAAUGGUCUUAUAUGCUAAUGUGGCUGUGGUUUAUUAAACCCUAUUUUAAGGGCUGAAAUAUAACACUGUUGAUUAAGAAUAUACACUAAGGCUGUAAAUCAACCUGAUAACUCAUCAUGUCUGUUUAUAUAUCAGAAUGAAUGGGUUUUAAAUUUUGACACGUUCCAACUCAACUGAGACAAAAUCCUGGAGAGCCCUGGAAAACAAUGCAAUUUCGUUACAGUACAAAGUGAUUUAUGAAGGGAGAACUGGAUCAUGUGUAUUAGACGUGAUAACAAUGUCAUUUUGUUUGGGUUUACAAAAUAUUCCAAGUGCAGAUACUGACAAUGUUGCUUUCAUCUAGGGACAUGUUCUCUGUCACCAGACCAACCUUGUCACAAAAAGAAUAGGGGUGGACCGUAAUAAAUAUCUGGUGGGUGUGAAAGGCUAACCCAUAUGAGUUUGAAACCUAAAUAAAAACACUGGUUUGUUAACAACAUAGGUCAAUCAUUACAAAUAAUAACAAAAGAACCUACAAACUUAAGUUAGCUUCACAGUCAACAAGCUAAUGUUAGCAUAACUUGGCCUCCACUGUUGACAAUGGCGGCAAUAGCCCGCAGUGUAAAAAAACACUGUUAAGGCGAGCAGGAAUAUGAAUACAUAUUGACAUUUUUCAGCUAAAACCCUCCCAAUUGACAUGUUGUUUCCUAUCAUUUAUGACUGUGCAUAACCACAGCAUCACUCACUGUAUCUCAAGUUUCAAGAUUCUUACUCAGCUGCAGCUUCUCACUAAUGUUGCUUUCCAUUAUGUUGAAUUGAUUUUUAGUUUGCUCAAAUUCCUGUUUCCAGCACAGAUGUAACUGGAGGAAUAAAGUCAACAAAACCUUACCUGUGACAGACAGCAUGACUUUGCAACUCUCUUUUUUGGCAGUAGAUCAUAUAAACAUGUCUGAACCUCGUGUGAGGUUCCUGGUUUCCAUAUGUAGCUUCACCAGGGUUUUUGAAGCGGUCCUGUUGGACUGUAAAGUGCAGUGAGAAGGUGCAGCAGAGUGGUAAGUCUGUCAAUGCUACAGCUCAGUUGUGCUAUGCAACAUAAAUCAUGUGAACAACAUUUUAAUAAGGUCUGGGUUGAAAAACAGUGAACACAUCAUUUAGGUUUUAUUUAAUGAUGUUGGAAUAAUAUUUUAUGACUUGAUCAUUAAAUACUACUUUAUGUUUAUACUGAGAAUGGAGGCAGUCUGGAGGGAUAGAAAACACUGAUUGGUUGGUCUGGAGAUGGAGAACGCUUUUCUGGAUUGCAGAGAUGGUUUGGAGAUAUGAAUUUGAUGUUGUGUCUUAUAGGUCAUCAUAUCAUCUUUAAAAAUGUCCCUUGCACUCAGUCAAGCUAUUACAGUAAUACUGGAAGAAAACAAGGUAACUUUCAAUGUUGUCCAAACUCAGUAUUAUCAGUAUUUUCGCUAGAGUUACUUUGACUACAGAAAUUUCUAACUGUUGACUUUCAUGGAUUUAUUAUCUUAUUAUGAGAUGUAAUUUGGAUAUUGAUUUAAAGGACUGACCACAUCUGCUAGUAUUAUGAAAGUUAUUCUAGCCCAGCUAAAUUGUUACUAGACUGUUAGUCCACUAUAAUGUCAUUUUGUUUACACUACCCCCAUUUUAUGUCAAUUUCAAUUGCUGUCCUGGAAGUCACAUUACAAUCUCUUAGUUUAAUACUGAAUAAACAAUGUGAACUCCA